AUGAAGUCUUCCCUGGCUCCUGGCGUACGGCUUAUUACGAGCGUGUCUCGAGAUGCUUGGUACCAGAGUUUCAUUUUCUUCCUCACCUACAUCAUCUACACAGCCUACCAUCUGUCCAGGAAACCUGUCAGCAUUGUUAAGAGUCAGCUGCACAGAAACUGCUCCAAUCUCCUCCACCCAGCAGACCUCAACAUAACCAACAAUGAUAACUGGUGUAACUGGGCGCCCUUUGACCAGGACGACUAUCGCACACUGUUUGGGGUCUUGGAUAGCUCCUUCCUGUGUUCCUAUGCCAUCGGCAUGUAUUUCAGCGGGAUGCUAGCAGAGCGCCUGCCUCUGCGGUGCUACCUGAGUGUUGGGAUGCUGAUGAGUGGAUUGUUCACAUGCCUGUUUGGACUCGGCUUCUACUUGGACAUCCAUUCAUUGGGAUACUACGCCUCUGUGGAGGUCAUGAACGGGCUCAUGCAGACGACCGGCUGGCCAGCAGUGGUGGCUUGUGUAGGCAACUGGUUUGGAAAGGGGAAGCGUGGAUUCAUUAUGGGUGUGUGGAACUCCCACACCUCAGUGGGAAACAUCUUGGGCUCCCUCAUCGCAGGAGCCUUUGUCUCAUCAGCAUGGGGAAUGUCCUUUAUUGUCCCUGGACUCAUCAUCGCCUCGACAGGGAUCCUGUGCUUCUUCUUCCUGGUUGAGAAACCUGAAGACGUGGACUGCACACCUCCUCUGCACCACGAGAGCAGUGAGACUGGGCCUUCCCUGCAGACUGCUUCACACACUGACAAAACCAGCCCCUGUAAAGGUGCCAUCAGCACUGAGCCUGCAGAGCCUGUGGAGGAGCACACUGAGGCCAUCAGCUUCUGUGGAGCUCUCAGGAUCCCUGGCGUGGUGGAGUUCUCUCUCUGUCUGUUUUUCACCAAGCUGGUCUGCUACACCUUUCUGUACUGGCUUCCUUUCUACCUCUCACAUGCUGCACAUUUAGAUGCAGAGGAAGCAGGAUACAUGUCCACACUGUUUGAUGCUGGAGGAAUCGUUGGAGGCAUCACGGCUGGCCUUGUGUCUGACUACACUGGUGGAAGAGCGACAACCUGCUGUGUCAUGCUGCUCACUGCUGCCCCCAUGCUUUUCCUCUAUAAUCACAUUCAACAAAUGAGUCAUGCUGCUACAAUAGGUAUGCUGCUGUUGUGUGGAGUCCUGGUGAAUGGACCGUUUGCUCUUAUCACGACUGCUGUAGCUGCUGAUCUGGGAACACAUGAGAGUCUGAGAGGAAACUCCAGGGCUCUGUCAACGGUGGCAGCCAUCAUUGACGCGACUGGAUCAGUCGGAGCUGCUUUGGGUCCUCUGUUAGCCGGCGUGAUCUCUGAAACUGGCUGGAACAAUGUCUUCUACAUGCUCAUCACUUCUGACCUCUUGGCCUGCCUGCUUUUGUCCAGGCUUGUUUACAAGGAAGCUCAAGGUUGGUGUGGACUGGCCUCCCGAACCAGAGGGGACAAAAACAGGAUCCACAGAGGCCCACCUGCACAUCCCCUCAGUCAGUGAUGCAGCCGAUCGGAGGAGACAUCUCCCUUUCUCCUCACCUUCAUCCUUUUCUCUUCCCAUCCCUUUUCACAGUUUUUGAGUGCAUCCAUAAGAUUAAACCACCACACAGCUUCACAAACACCUAUGUUCACACACCUUCAAUUUCAUAUUCACCAUCAAGAGUAAAGAUCACUGUCAAAGACAAUAAAAGGAGUGGAAAUCAAAAGAGAGUGUGUCACCUCGAAUAUCUUUUCAUCUACACCAUCCAUGUUCUGACCGGACAAACU